AUGCCGAUCACGGCCAAACUGCCCAACGAUAUGCCCUGGGAUGCAAAGGCUGCCCUGCCCCAGGUGACUUUUCGGUCUACAGUUGCGGGGCUCCUGAUAGGGUCGAUUAUCCUCGUGUCCAACUUCCAGUUCGGCCUUCAAACUGGCUGGGUUUCGAUGAUGUCUCUUCCAUCUGCAUUGCUGGGCUUUUCGAUCUUCCGCAGUCUCCAGUCUCGUCUCCAUUGUCAAUUCACCGAUGUCGAGAACGUCUUUGUUCAAAGUGUUUCUGUGGCGGUCGCGACGGGGCCUUUGGCGUACGGGUUUGUUGGCAUCAUUCCGGCCAUCGAGAAGCUCAUGACUGAUUCAGAGAGCGGGUACGAGUCGGGGAUUGAUCUCCAGCCGCUUUGGAAGCUGACGGUCUGGGCCCUGGGUCUCGCGUUUUUUGGAGUCUUUUUUGCUGUUCCACUACGAAGACAAUUCAUCAUCAAGGAAAAGCUCCCGUUUCCCAGUGGCAGCGCCACAGCAACACUGAUCUCCGUUUUCCACGGAACGACCAUCAACGUGGAGUCCAAGCCAGCUCUAGCAGUCCAGCCAGCUCCGCAAGAACAGCUCGAGCCCGUGUUAGAGCCAACCACCACCCCCAAUAAUGUCACAAUCGUCGAGUCGCAGGACCUGUGUCAGCUCCAGCAACUCGAAACAUACCAAACAAACAUCAAGCUUCUUAUAUCCACAGCCAGCGUAUCGUCUGUCUACACCAUUUUCGGGUACUUUGUUCCACAGAUCAAAAGCAUACCGAUCCUCGGGUCAAACUUGUCCAAAUCGUAUAUGAUCAACUUCCAGCCUUCUCCUUCAUACAUCGGCCAAGGAAUGAUCAUGGGAUUUGCAACCACCGCUUAUAUGAUGGUUGGUAUGGUUCUGGGAUGGUGUGUUCUUAGUCCGUUGGCUCAAAAGAUGGGCUGGGCCCCAGGACCGGUGGACGACUGGAAAGACGGAGCCGAGGGCUGGAUCAUGUGGAUCAGUUUGGCCAUCAUGAUCAGCGACUCGAUCGUUUCGUUUGUGGUCAUUGUGUUCAAGUCCCUCUACUCUCUAUAUUAUUCCGACUCCUCCAGCUCGUCUGAAACUCCGACAGAUCCAAACUUUGCCGACGAGAUUGAACGUCUGAUAGACGAGAACGAGCCUCCAUCCGACGAGGACGUGUCCAACAGCACGUACCACGGAGGAAACUCCGCUGAUAACGUGAAAAUUUCAGCUCCUCCGUCAUUGGUGGCCUCUGAUCUAACAGACAGGUCGACCUACGUUGACCUGGACGAGUCACACCAGGUUUCUACCACCGUCACUGUGGUUGGACUGAUCGUUUCCUCGUUGGCGUGCGUUGUGUGCACGAAAAUCGUGUUUGGCCCCGUCAUCCCGCUCUAUGCCAUUGUCACAGCCAUCGUGCUUUCUCUCUUCCUUUCCGUGUUAGGAGUGAGAGCCCUGGGAGAGACGGAUCUCAACCCGGUGAGCGGGAUCGGCAAGCUGUCGCAGCUGAUCUUUGCGCUCAUCAUUCCAAAGUCGCAGCCAGGAGCCAUUCUGAUCAACCUGAUCUCCGGAGCAAUUUCCGAGGCCGCCACCCAACAGGCCGGUGACCUGAUGCAGGACCUCAAAACAGGCUAUCUCCUUGGCGCGUCGCCAAAAGCACAGUUUGUCGCUCAAAUAUACGGCUCUCUGUUCUCUGUGGUGCUUAGUGCUAUAAUGUACAAGCUCUACAACACCAUAUACGAGAUUCCAAACCAGAUGUUCAAGAUCCCAACAGCCAUCAUUUGGAUCGACUGUGCGCGACUGGUGAACGGUUCCGGACUGCCACCUCGCGUGUUUGAGUUCGCUGUUGUGCUGGGCAUACUGUUUGCAAUCAUCUCAUUUGCCAAAAACACCAUUUCUCCCGAAUCCAAGUGGCACAAGUAUUUGAUAUAUCUGCCGAGCGGAGUUCCCGUGGGAAUUGGCAUCUACAACAUUCCUUCCUUCACGCUAGCACGGUUUGUCGGGGGUCUGUUGUCGUACGUUUGGCUACAAAAAAUGGCGUUGGGCAAUUCCGACGCCCGGGUGCGUUUAAUCAUCUUCAGCAGCGGCCUGGUGCUUGGAGAGGGGCUCUUCAGCGUGAUGAACAUGAUCCUGACCAGCCUGAACGUGCCCCAUCUAUGA